CGAUGAGUUAUUUGCCCCUUGAAAAGAUGACUCAAAUUGUCAAAACAAAAACACCAUGAAGCUCGUGCAGUGUGUUUUCGUGAGGAGUGAUUUGGUGUGGAAUGCUGGAGCUUUGGUGGCUCAAGCGUGUCACGCCACUUCUGCCGUGAAUCACGCACGUCGUGUGUAUUCACCCACUCAAGAGGCUUCGGUAAAGAUCAUUCAAGUGCCCGGCGAGGCGGCUUUGCAGUCCGUGGGAACAUUGCUGGAGCAGCAAGGAAUUCAUCACAAGAUGUGGAUAGAGCAGCCAGAGAACAUAAUCACGUGUGCCUGCACUGAAAUGCAGCCAGAAGCUGAUUGGCAAAGACUGGAAGAACUCCUCAAAGCGAGUCUUCCCACUCAUUGACAAGAUGUGCAUAGAAAUCAACAUGAAGGGAUGAGAAAUUGCGUACUUUUGUCCCAAUUUGAUACCAAGUCUAGAAAUAAAUGGGAAA